UUUCGGGAUUUUCAGAUGUUUUUGCUGCGCAGGCAGCUACAGCUGCAGAGCAGUCAGAAAGCGUUGAAGUUUAUGGCAACCGUCGCUUGUCGUCAGCCAUCGAUUUGGUUGGCGGAUGUGAGAGUACCUGAGGGCACCGUCACGUUGGCAGCAACAGCAGCGGCAGGGGGUGACAAGAAGGCACCACCAGCCAAGGGGCCGGAUCCACCGAAGGAGCCACCAAAGGCGCCACCAGCCGCUGCAGAGAAGAAAAAGGAUGCUGCACCACCACCAGCAGCACCACCGCCACCGCCCAAGCCCCUGGAGAAGCGUGUGAAGAACUUUGAGGUCUAUCGCUGGCAGCCCGGAGAGCAGCCCCAGAUGCAGACCUAUCCCAUCGAUUUGUCGCAGUGCGGCGCCAUGGUGCUGGACGCUUUGAUCAAGAUCAAGAACGAGGUCGACCAGACACUGACCUUUCGCCGCUCCUGCCGCGAGGGCAUCUGUGGUUCGUGUGCCAUGAACAUCAAUGGCACCAACACCCUAGCCUGUGUCACGCCCAUUGACCAGAGCCUGGGGAGUCCGUGCCGCAUCUAUCCCUUGCCGCAUCUGUAUGUAGUGCGGGAUCUGGUGCCGGAUCUGAGCCAGUUCUACGAUCAGUACCGCUCCAUCCAGCCCUGGCUGCAGCGCAAGAAUAUACAGAACGAGAUGGGCAAGGCGCAGUAUCUGCAGUCCCUGGAGGAUCGCAACAAGCUGGAUGGCCUGUACGAGUGCAUUCUGUGCGCCUGCUGUCAGACCUCGUGCCCCUCCUACUGGUGGAACAGUGACAAGUACCUGGGACCGGCCGUCCUCAUGCAGGCCUACCGCUGGGUCAUCGACUCCCGUGACGAGGCCACCGACCAGCGGCUGUGCUUCCUGCAGGACCCCUGGAAGCUGUACCGCUGCCACACCAUCCUAAACUGCACCAAUACCUGUCCGAAGAACCUCAAUCCGGCCAGGGCCAUUAUCCAGUUGAAGCAACUGCUGUCGGGCGCCAAAAAGAAAAACAAGCCGGAGCUCCAGACCGAUGGCCUGUUCUUGGGCAAGUAAGGGACGAACACUCUUCCAUGAACGAUUUACUUUACACCUCGUUCCAUUACGCCUGACACUGUCCCACACUUCUAACCGAACGCAACACUGGUUAUGAAUGCCACUAAAUGCUAACAGUGAACGGAACUGAAAAGGAACUGAACUGAACAAAGUUAAAAGUUAAAAACAAACACAAUUUACAACACUGGUUAGGGUUUGUAACACUCAAUUGCAACGAUAUUCAACGCUGUCUAUGAAAGCCAUGAGACGUUAGCUAUAAAGAACUAUUAACACUCUUAACUGAAUCCCCAACAGACUUUAACAUGCUUCAGACACUGCUUCAGACAUGUUUCAGCACUGUUUAUGAAUGCCAAAUCAACGGAAAGUAGAACAUGGGAUGUAAUGUUAUAUCGUCAUUUUUACUGAAAUCAGAGAAGUCUUCAAGUUUGUGAGAUCGAUCCAGCACUGCUUAUGAAUGCCUAAAACACUUAAAUGUCACGAUAUCCAACACUGUUUUUGGCUUACUAAAGCCCCACAGCUAUGAAUGCAGAAACCCU